CCGGCUUAUAGAUUGAUUACAGGACCUGCAGGGCAGCUGCAGCCAUUAGAAUUGGCGCGUCGAUCACUCCUCGCAGCCUACUAAUCGCAUCACGCGAAGAGAGCCGCUUCUGAGGCCAGUCUCACAACCAUGGCCGCCGACGCCGUCUCCAUCCGCGUUAGGGUAGGCGACCGCGACCACGCCGUGCUCUGCUCGAGCGGCAUGCUGGUGGACGAGCUCCGCUACGUGCUGGGGAGCGCCUUCGAGGUCGACGCGGCGCACAUCGCGGGCCUCGUGAGCGACGCGGGCGUCUGCAGCCCGCUGUCGCUGGUCGCGCGGGCGCCCCAGGCCUUUGCGUCCAACACGUACACGCUGCUGGUCAAGCCCGAGGCCUUCACGGAGAGUAGUGCGGAGCCGGCCCAGCCGCCCCAACCGACGCCGCUCGCGACGAUCGCCGGCGCCGCCAACUUAAAUGCGGUCGACGUCGACGACGCGAUGGCCAUAUUGCGGGAGCAGAGCGACGCGAGCGGCCGCCUCGACAAGGCGGCCUUCGUCGUGGGCCUCGAGGCGGCGCUGGGGGACAACCAGACGCCGCGGAGCCGCGCGGCGCUCGCGGCGCUCUUCGACGUCGUCCGCUCGCGCACGGCGAUCCACGCGGCGACGCGCGUGCCGCCGGACUGCGUCCGCGCGCGCGCGUAGAUGCUGUCGCGCCUAAGGCCCUUUUUCGUCGACGGCGUCGUCAUAAAUCACAUUACUCACACCUAAGAAGGAC